ACCGGCGACUUCUUCUUCACCACAGCGACCAUCUCACGCUCCAACGUCUCUCCUUGAAAUUUGCUCCUCAUUUACACUCCAACGGGAAAAAUCUUUCGGCUAUAAAUUGCGCCAUCGCUCAACAAGGAAAUGGGGGGAUCACUGAGAAUAAAGCAGCGGCUCUAGCCGCUGCUAUCUACGCAGCUCCGAUGGCGAUGGGCGGUGGAGGAGGCGACAACCAGCGGCGGCGACGGUAGCGGCUGCAGCUCCGGUCGGCGAUGGGCGGCGAACUCCAACUCCGGUCAUGGCUCCAAUUUCUUCAAUUACUUCAUCUUCUUCAACAAUUGACCACACGACAAGUCCCCAACAGAAGCUGAGGAGGGUUGAGGCUCACAACCGGGAGCUUCAAGAGCUGACCGGGCGCCAGCUCGAUGAAGUGGCCAAUCUCGCCAGGAUGGCCGGGGAAGCGGAUGGUGAGAUCCUCCGGGUGAAGGAGGAAAACCUCAAGCUGAUGGAGGACGCGGAGCUAAAGGAAAGGGAGUUUCCCGGCAAGGCCUGUCAAUGGAUGGAGGAAAACCUCAUGGAAGCUGCCCGGGCGCUCACCUCUUCUUUAGAGAGGACGAUGGAGGGCUUCAGGUUGUUGUACCGGGAGGAGCAUGGAAAGGAAAUGAUUACUCAGGUCGGCUCCUACGGCUUCAUGUCAAGCCAGAAGAGAGACCGGGAGGCCACCCAUGCCAUCUUGGCUGAACGAGAUCCCGAGUUCAACGCGGAGUCAUUCGUAGGGUCCUGGCCCCCAUCCCGGAUGAAAAGCCCGUACCUCCCUUCCCCUUGGAAUGAAAUCUCCCCGGCUGCGUCCGGUUAUUUUUGUAAAACUCCAAACUUGAAAUUUCCCUGGAUAUUUUACUUUUGCUUCCAUAGGAUUUUCGACCGGUAUAUGACUCUGUUUGUCAACCGAUAGAACUUCAACUUUCUCUUUGAUCAAUCCAUCUCUAAGAUCAAUUCGAAAAAUCUUGACCGGUAGAACUGCAUCUUGGUGGCCAACAGCCGAAAACAUUUUGAUCGGCUUCACUCCAUUUUGUUUUUUGAAUGCCUUCGUUCGAUAAAGUACAGUUUGACCG